UACGGUACUGCUCCCAAUCGAUCCAUUGUGGAGAAGAAGGCUUCCUCUGGAGUGAUGCGGUGCCUUUGCUUGUCAGCCUUCCAUUUCACCAUAAAGCACCCUCGCCAUCUUCCAAACCCCAUCUGCUUUUGGACAGCAAGAAUCGACUGAAGGCUUCCUCUCUCCUCUCUUGUCCCACUUCGAGAAAGGACACUGUCAUCAUCACAACUCAUUUAUAUCAUAUUAUUUGUACAAGUACUAGUAUCAUCCCAUCAAUCUCAAUCAACUCGAACCCAACUGAACUCUGAACUGAACCGCACCAUGAAGUCUCUGCUCAAGAAGAAGCAAUCGCCCGCGGUGGAUCAGGUGAUGAAGCCGGUACUGGAAGAGUCUGCCGAGUACGACGAUGAAGCCUUUGAAGAUGAAAUGGACUCUGGUGGUCCGUCCAGCACAGGCGUCUCUCCGCAAGAAGAAGAGGAAAGCAGUGAUACCUUCGAGUUGGCCAAGAAGGAAUCCUCCAUGAUCAGAUACUCCAAGGUCAUGGUCUGUGUAGUGAUUGUGGUCGUGACGGCCACCAUGGCGUUGCUCACCUACCAGUUGGUACAAAAACAAGAAGACGAUGACUAUCACACCACGUUCUACGCCAUUGCCGAAGAAGUAAAAGAGUAUUCCCAGCUCAAGGCCAAAUACGUGAUUGACAAUAUGGAAUCACUCUGUGUCCACAUUACUUCCACAGCUGCCGCGUCCAAUCAAGAAUGGCCGUUUGUCACAAUCCCGGACUUCCAAGUCAAGGGCAUGCUGUCCAACGAAGACACCGGCGCUCAUACUACCUCCAUCAACCCUCUCGUCUUCCCUGGGCAGCUGGAAAACUGGUCGGCCUAUUCGGCCGCCCAUGCCGACGCCUGGAUGCAAUCGGCGCAUCGCUACGACAGCAUUGCCCACCCCGAGCUCUACGUCAUGGAACACCACGACACAGAGGACACUCACGACCAGUCCUUGCGCUGGAAUAUUACCGGCAUUACGCCGUACGUGUGGACCACCAACGAAGGAGAAAAGGGAGAUGCCGAUCAUGUACGCAUGCCAGUGGAGGAGAACAUUGUCUACAGUCCCAUCUGGCAACGGGCACCGGCAUCCGACUACCAUCCCUUGGUCAAUUACGAUCUACACAGCGAUCCCAAUUUUGAACGUUUCAUCAAUGGCAUGCUGGCGGUUGAUCAUCCCGUCAUUAGUCCCGUCGUUGAUGCUGCCUAUCUCGACUCCAACUACGAGCACAGAUUUGAUCCCAAAGAACAGGCGGAACCACACAGUUAUCUGUUGGAGCCCAUCUAUGAUAAUCUCACCCACAACCGAACCAUUGUGGCAGUCCUGGCUUCCUUUCUUAGGUGGGGAUCCUUUUUCACCGAUGUCCUCCCAAGCUCCCAGCAGGGAAUCUAUGUGGUCCUCGAGUCCACUUGCGAUCAAGAGUUUACCUAUGAGAUCUUUGGACACAAGGCCGUCUUUAUGGGGAAUGGAGACAAUCACGAGAAGCGUCUCGACAAGGACCACCUCGAAGUGACCUUUGAGUUCUCCCCCGAGACGGCACUCGAGAAGGACUCGAUACACAAGUUUUGCCAUUACUAUGCCCACAUCUUCCCAUCGGAGCAAUGGCGGAGUCAGUUCUUUACCAGUCGGCCCUAUGCCUACGCUUCUGGAGUCGUCUUGUGUUUUGUAGUGACCACCAUUGUCUUUAUGAUGUACGACUGUCUUGUACAGAACCGACAGAAAAAGGUCAUGAAGUCUGCCAAGAGAACCAAUGCCAUUGUCAACUCGUUGUUCCCGGCCAAUGUCCGGGACCGCCUCCUCGAGGGCAUUGAAAACGACAGCAAGAAGGGCGACGACAAGGAUGACGAAGGAAAUCCAAAGUCGCGCGUCUCGUGGUCGGAUCCGUCCAUGGCGUUUAUGCAACAGCAGCGAAACUCCGAUAUGGCCAACAAGGCACCGGCGUGCUCCAGUGAGGCAAUCUUUGGAUCGAAACCGAUUGCGGAUCUCUUCCCCGCGACAACCAUCAUGUUUGGGGACAUGGUGGGAUUCACAGCUUGGAGUUCUGUACGGGAUCCAUCCCAAGUCUUCUCUCUACUGGAAACUGUGUAUCAUAGUUUCGACACCAUCGCGAAGCGUCGUCGAGUCUUCAAAGUUGAAACGGUGGGAGAUUGCUACGUUGCGGUCUGUGGCUUACCCCUUCCACGAAAAGAGCAUGCUGUAGUCAUGGCCAAGUUUGCGAGUGACUGCCUCCACAAAAUGAAACGGCUUGUCCAGCAAUUAGAAACAUCAUUGGGUCCGGACACAGCAGAGUUGAACAUGCGCAUUGGGCUCCACAGUGGUCCAGUGACUGCAGGGGUCCUCCGCGGCGACAAAGGUCGCUUCCAACUGUUUGGUGAUACCAUGAACACAGCCAGUCGUCUGGAAUCUACAGGGUCUGCUGGAAGAAUCCACAUAUCCAGAGAUACUGCAGAAAUUCUGGUAGCAAAUGGCAAGGAGAAAUGGAUCACUCAACGGGAGGAUGAAGUGUUUGCAAAAGGAAAAGGGACACUCCAGACAUAUUGGGUCCGCAUCAAUGAAGAUUCUAGUGGCACUGGGGGCACCGGAACUUACUCCAACUCCAAUGUAACGAGUGUCAGUAGUGGUGCGAGUGACACCAAAAACGCGGUUGUGGACCUUGUACUAGGCCCCAAGGAAGGGUCACCAACAGCGACGUCGGGAACAGCACUUGACAUGCUUCCCAAGAAACAGCAGCGCCUUGUCAGCUGGAACGUUGAGAUUCUUGCUAAGAUUCUGAGGCAGAUCAUGGCAAGGAGAGCCUCAUUGGAAAACCCGAAGGAGAUCUCCAAGAAAGCUUCCAAGAAAAUCACAGAGCUCAAUGGAACAGUCCUUGAUGAAGUUGCAGAUGUUCUGGCCUUGCCCCAGUUUGAUGCCAAGACCUACCAGAAUCACGUAGACCCCAGCAGUAUCAUGAUCCCAGAGACAGUUAUGAAGCAGCUCACUGACAUGGUUUCCAGGGUUGCUGCACUCUACCAAGACAACCCAUUUCAUUCCUUUGAACAUGCCAGCCAUGUUACUAUGAGUGUUGUCAAGCUACUAAGCCGCAUUGUCAACCCCAUUGAGGUGUCCACAAGAGAGGGCACUAAUGACCAAAUUGCUUCUGAGCUGCAUGACCACACUUUUGGCAUAACUUCCGAUCCUCUGACCCAGUUCGCAUGUAUCAUUUCAGCCUUGAUUCAUGAUGCUGACCAUCCUGGAGUUCCCAACUCCACUCUGGUGAAGGAGGAGCAUCCUCUAGCUUCCAAAUACAAGAACAAAAGUGUGGCGGAGCAGAAUUCAGUGGACCUGGCGUGGGAGAUUAUCAUGAGCCAGGAGUACAAGGAUCUGCAGACCUGCAUCUGUGGCACCAAGGAUGAGAUGACCAGGUUCAGGUCCAUCAUUGUGAAUGUGGUGAUGGCAACUGACAUUAUUGACAAGGACUUGGGCGCUCAGAGAAAGGCCAGGUGGGAAAAGGCCUUUGCGGAAGACUGUGAAGAGAAGGCCCGUGAUCCUCUGGCCAUCAACAGGAAGGCCACCAUUGUCCUGGAGCAUCUCAUGCAAGCUUCAGAUGUGUCCCACACAAUGCAGCACUGGGUUGUUUUCCGAAAGUGGAAUGAGCGUCUGUUCAAUGAGAUGUACCAGGCCUUUGUGGACGGCCGCAGUGACCGGGAUCCAUCCAAGGGUUGGUAUCAGGGAGAAUUGGGAUUCUUUGACUACUACAUCAUUCCUCUUGCAAAGAAGCUUGAGACAUGUGGAGUCUUUGGGGUUUCAAGCCAUGAAUAUUUGAGUUAUGCUCAGGCAAACAGAAGGGAGUGGGAGGCCAAGGGUGAACAGCUAGUGAAGGACUAUCUGUGGAGGUUUCACAAUUCCAAGAAGGCUCUCGAUGGCAGUGUGAAGAGUGCAUCCAUUCGAAAGAAGUUGCCGGAUAGCCUUCAUAAGGCACCCGAGGUUGUGUCUGUUCCUUCAGCAGAACAACAGGGAUUUGAUUUGAGCAAUCAAUUUGAUCUCUUGGAUGAUGCUCCGGAACAGCAUGAGGAGGAACCAACAGUUCUUGUGGGGCUAGAUGGGAGCGAGAAGCUUAACAAUGAAUUAUGGUGCUAGGAGCCCCUGGGACUGGGAAGCCCAUUCUGUUCGGACGUGGCUGAUAGUUGUACUUCUAAAAUAUCUAUACUUCAUAUUUUCUAC